AUGGCGGCGGCGCGGCGGGUGCAGCUCCGGGGGCCGCUGCUGCUGCUGCUGCUGCUGCUGCUGCUCGGCGCGGCGGGGCCCGGCGCUCAGGCCGCACGGAGCCGCGGGGCCGACCGCCAGAACAGCCUGCGCCGCGCCGCCAGCGGCCUCUACCAGGGCGUCAGCGGCCUCUUCGGCGAGGACAACGUGCGGGCCCUGCAGAAGUUUUUCUCAAGGUUGACAGAGAGGUUUGUGAAUGGGGUGGAUGUAUUAAUGGACACAUUCUGGAGAAUAUGGACUGAUUUGUUAGAUGUUCUUGGAAUUGAUGCCUCCAACCUGACUCAUUAUUUCAGCCCAGCAGCCAUUGCCAACAACCCGACCCGCGCCCUCCUGCUGAUCGGUGCCAUUUUACUGGCCUACUGGUUUUUAUCUCUGUUCCUUGGAUUCUUCUUCUAUCUCCUGCACAUGCUGUUUGGCCGCUUCUUCUGGAUCGCCAGGGUGGCCCUGUUCACCCUGUCCUGUGUGUACAUCCUGCAGAAGUACGAGGGGGACCCGGAGCACGCCGUGCUGCCCCUCUGCUUCGUCGUGGCCGUCUACUUCAUGACGGGGCCCGUUGGGUUUUACUGGAGGAGAAACAGCAACAGCAGCCUGGAGGAGAAGAUGGACCACCUGGACAGCCAGAUCAGACUGCUGAACAUCCGCCUCUCCAGGGUGAUUGAGAACCUGGAUAGGGGCAGUGAGCAAUGAGCCAGCCCCCGCUGACCACUGAACACCAGCUCUGGAAAAAUCCUAAGCACUGUCUCAGCCGAAGUUACAAAGCAACAAAACAUCACAUGGUAAAAAGUGUGCAAAGUUAUAACUUUUCAUGAUGUCUAAGACUAAUUUAUCUAGGUUAAACACUCAGCCGUUAGACUUCUAGGAGAAAGAAAAAACAUUUACAAAAUUCAGCUGUAUAUUCAGAGUUUUAUCCAGUACUAGAAUUUUCUCAGUAGAUAAACGCUUACUUUUACAAGCAUUUAAAAACAUCUUUUGUAAGGUUUUUAUAAAAGCAAAUUGAGUAGUCUUUCAGAUAUUGAAAUUGAGUUAAACAUAUGCAAAUUUGACACUUUAACAGUUAAAAAGAAAAAAAAAAAAUCUCAAGCUACCAAGCACUUCCAUUGAGAAGUAACUGCUGUGGGUCCAUAUUUUUUCUUCAGAGUUGUGAAUGUUUUUGUGUUUUUGUUGGCUUAUUUCAUUGCCUUGAAGUUGCCUUUCAUAGAGUAUCAGAUGAGGAAUUUUCUGGUAUCCAGGCCAAAAAAUUCACACCAUAGCUUUUAACAGGAGGUGGGGAAUGAGGGAGGAGGAAGAUCUGAAGUCCUUAAAUGCCAGUCCAAUGUGAGGAAGCACACGUGUGGCAUUUGAUCAUUGCAUUUCAUCCCGAGAACUUUAAUUUGUUAGUGUCUGGAAGGAAAUCUGCUUUAAUAAAUUGGCACAGAAGGAAGAUGUAGCGUGACAAAUUGUAAUUCAUAUUUGAUCUGCACAAUGAAGCAUUUUCCAAGCUUAAGUGCAUAGAGUAAAACAUGGUUUUUAAUCUCAGGACCCACGUACCUUCUCAGAAAAGGCAGCAGUUAAAACACGUGCAAAUGUAUUGUUGCUUAAAGCUUUCUCAGGACCAAUCAGCGGCAAUAAAUUAUCUUCAGGAAGAUCUGGAUUUUUUUCUAAAAUUACAAUAGUUUUAUAGGAGCUUUUUGCUUGAAGUCUAUGUCCUCAUUAGGUUUUGGGAAAAGCAAGUCACCUUUAGGAGGAGGAUGUAGGAAACGGUUCUCGUUCAAAGCAGUGGAGCUUUGGAGCAAUUUUAUUUUGCAGGAUUUCUGUGUUUCUUACUUGGUAGGGCAUCACUGGCUGUGCUGGUUUACUGAAACAAAGGGAACCUCAGGGAAGGAAGCCUGGAAUGUGGUUUCACCUGGAAACAGCAGCAUGCAAGGACACAGAUGUGAGGAGGGAGGGGAAGCACCUACCCCUAGUGAUGAGCACAGUUCUGAUAGCACCAGGGGUAGGAUGGAGCACAGCUGGAGCAUUCCAUAUUCCAUAGGGUCCAAACGAACAGCUGCAUCAAAAAACGCAACAAAAAUUGGUCUGGGAUGGGGCCUGGCUGCAAAGCAAGGGAACCAGGAGGAGGAGGAGGAGGAGGAGGUUCCCAGAUGUGCCUGCCAGUGCCAGCUCCAGUGGGACAGGCUGAGCACAGCUUGUUCUUCCACUGGGCAAAGCUUCUGGGUGUGAUGCUUAACUGAAUGUAACUGUGGGGCGAAUUUAUUUUUCUCUUUAUGCUGAAGUUUUAAUGUUCUUCUUGAAAUGUGUGUGUUACUUGCCUAAACCUCUUUGGGUCUGUGUGUGGCAUUUCCAUGGGGGUUAUUUUUAUAAAUCCAUGUUAAUGGCCUUUACUCCUGGUGAUCACUUCGGUUCAACACGGUUGAAGUUCAUAUGCACUCGGCACGGUUGGAAUGCAUUUUAAUUUUUUAUGUCACCUGUAAAUCCCCCUGCACCCCAUUUAUUAACAAGUACAUGAGUUUAGAGUUGUUAAAUAACUGGUUAUCACAACUUAAAAUCAUUCCUGUGAUCAGAUAGGGACUAUGGCAGCAAAUAGUCCAUUUUGUCAAGCUGAACAUGUAAAUGACAGUAAAUUCCUUUUUUCAGCUCAUUUUCCAUAGUAUUACAGAGUCUUCCCUGUAGACUCAGUUCUCCCUACUGUUGUGCACAGAGGACUGGGCUAAAAUGCCAACCUGGAAAUUAGGAAUUGACUAGUAAAGCUUGUCAGGUCUUGAUGUGUUUUGCCAAAUGUGAGACCUGAGGACCAAAGUUUGCAAACCUUGCUCGUGUCAGUGGCUCCAUUGCCUUCUUAGGACAAUGUGCAUGGGUCAGUUUGCAUAGAUUGUAUUUUGUGUAAUCCAUAUUUAACGUUAAAGUUAAAAAUACUGAACAUUUAUAUAUUAAGAGUUGUCUAUGAUAAAGAUUUCUUUGAAAGUAUUAUAUGAAAGUUAAUUUGGAUUAUAGUUUCUCCCUGUCUAAUCAUUUAUCUUACUUUUGUAAAAUCAGCCCUUCUAUAUAUUAAUACUCUUUAUUUCGAUCACCCUGCUGCUUGAAAAAUGGUAUUUUUAUAUUUACUUGCAUCCCAUGUAUAGCAAAAUGUUAUGUGAAAAGCAGUAUAUAUAAAAUUGGGUAUUUUUAAUCAGUAUUUUUCCCAGCACUCAGUUUUCACGUUAGUCAAAUUCAGAAGUAAUGAUUUUUUUAAAGCACAAUCUAAUCUUCAAUAUAUAUAUAUAUAUACAUAUAUAAAUAUAUACUUUAAAAAUGCUCUGUAUUUUUAAACAUGCACUGUAGUGAAAGCGCUUUUGGGGAACAUGAAUGUGGUAUUGUAUUUAAUCUCUUUCAACUUUUGUAAAUACCUUUUACAAGUAUUUUCCAUACUGGGCCAUCUAGUUUAUCCAUGGAGGUUUUUGCUGUUUUUUAGAAACCCGUGCCAGUGGCUGCACUGCUUUUGUAUCCCACAGAGCAUCUCAGAGACAGGCAGGGCUCUGUGUCACCUGUGGGCAAACCCUGGCAAGUGACACCUGUAGGGUGGCACUGGAGGAGCCCUCAGUAGGUGACACCUGCAGGGGUGGCACUGGGGCAACCCUUGACAGGUGACACCUCCAGAGGUGGCACUGGGGCAGCCCUUGGCAGGUGACACCUGCAGGGUGGCACUGGAGGAGCCUUCAGCAGGUGACACCUGCAGGGGUGGCACUGGGGCAACCCUUGACAGGUGACACCUGCGCAGGGCAAGGAUGGCACGGGACAACCCUGGUGGCUUUGGCUUUUUGCCGUGACUUCCCAGAGCUCUGCCACAGCCCUGCCCAUGGUGCCCUGCUGGGGCACAGGUGACACAGGGACAGCCCCAGCUGGCUGCUCCUGCAGGACAGGACCUGCUCCUGCUCCUGCUCCUGGACCUUCCUGCGGCCACUGGAGAACCCAGCCCUGUGUGAGCAGCGGGCACAAGCGCCCAGGAUGGGCUCUGGCUGCUGGGAUUGGGAACUCCCUGGGGUUCCAGGGGCUUUCACCUGCCUGCUCUGGGACCCAGCUUUUGCAAUCCUGCAGGGUUCUUCCUGUUCUGAAGGGUUUUCAGCUGCCUGCUCUGGGACCCAGCCUUUGCAAUCCUGCAGUGCUCUUCCCUCUCUGGAGGAUUUUCACCUGCCUGCUCUGGGACUCAGCCUUUGCAAUCCUGCAGUGCUCUUCCCAUUCCUGAAGGCUUCACCUGCCUGCUGUGGGACCCUGCCCUUGGAAUCCUGCAGUGCUCUUCCUGCUCUCGAGGGUUUUCAUCUGCCUGCUUUAGGACCCAGCUUUUGGAAUCCUGCAGUUCUCUUCCCUCUCUGGAGGGUUUUCGUCUGCCUGCUCUGGGACUCAGCCUUGGCAAUCCUGCAGUGCUUUUCCCAUUCCUGAAGGUUUUUACCUGCCUGUUUUAGGACCCAGCCUUUGCAAUCCUGCAGUGCUCUUCCCGCUCAGGCAGGGCGGCUCCUCUGGACGCACACAGCUGUAGAUACCCGAUGUGUCCUGUGGGAUGUGACGCUUUCCCAGUGGUUUUUGGGUGUCAGAGUGCAGUGUACAAACCUGGUGUGGCUCAGUGCUGUGCUUCUAGUGCGUCCUUCACGUCGUGGUUUGCUUCUCAAGGCUCGUUGCAUCGUCGGUGUGGAAAUAGACCAGUAUCAACCUUAGCUCUUCGGUGGUGUGGAAGUGUUUAAGUGUGGUUUGCCUCACAUACUGAUCCGUAUUUGGCAGCUAAUGGCGUUAAGUGACCAUGAGUUCUUUUUGUCUGGGUUGGAAAAUAAAAGGUUUUAUUGUAUCCGCAUGUAUUUUAAACUUUUUGGAUAAUUCCAUCGACCUGUGAUGACAGCACAUGUAAAAACCGAUCUUUUCCUUUUAUUCAGAAGUUCUAUUUGCUGUGGUAGCACUUGUUGUUGGCACUGAUGGUAGUGAUUUCACAUCCUGUUUUGUGCAUCAGGUUUCAUGAUUACAGUGUUUCAGUUUGUACAAUUGUUUAUGUAAAAACGAUUUGGUCUGAAGAGAUGCAGUGUGUUCACUUCUGAUCCUAGACACAUACGAGAUCCUACUGGUAAUACUGUUAGUAGUUACAACUGUACCAGACUUAUUUUUUACAGAGCUUUACAUGCCUUUAUUUAUUCCUUUAUCGGACCAUCCAAACCAUGUACUCCAUAGUUCAGUAUUUGUAGACCAGUUUCACAAAUCAACUUAAGGUAUUGUGGCAAAGCUUCGAAUAAAUGUUUACUGAGACUUUGCACUGA